AUGCCGAGCUGCAGAGAUCUUUUUAAGUUCUCGGCCACGCAUAAGGAGGACGUGGAUUUUCGGUACAGUUUGGGCGAAGCGAUCGAGCAGGGCGUGCUGUCUGACUAUGACUUGACGGUGCCCGUGACGACCGAAGGCCAUCCAUACAUCUGCCUCGCGAACUUGCUUCUGUCGCAGGCUGGGCGCUUUCGCCGUGUGCUGGCGUACUGCAACUCCAUUGCGAAAGCCAGGCGAUUCCAGCAGGUGUUGGAGACCAUCGGCCUAGCGGCGUGGCACAUAAACGGGGAAACCAGCAGUAAAGAGCGAGAGCGGGUGAUGAACGAGUUCUCGGGUGACCUGCAGACGCCCGUGCAUGUGCUGGUAACUGUCCAGGUCCUCGGCGAGGGCGUUAACAUUCCGUUUGCCGACACCUGCAUGUUUGUGGAGCCACGCAGUAGCUAUGUCAGCAUCGUUCAAGCAAUCGGUCGUGUACUGCGGCCUCAUCCGUCGAAGCCCAUGGCUCACAUCGUGUUGCCUGCGAUUGCACUGCCGGCGACGACGAACAGAGCUGCAAUGGCUCCGCCUGGUUUCAGCCAUCUGACAGGGGGUGCCCAGUCCGUAGCUGGCACGGCGGGCGCCGUGGAGCAUGUCCAGUCCCCGGAAUCAGAUGGCAUGCAGCCGGACCAUCACGGCAGUGUUGACGCGCCACUUGUUCUGGCAGCCUUGGGUGCCGCAGCCAGGAACGGCGCCAAGAACUCUCGCGGUCGUCAGCUGACCAACCAACCGCAGGAAACAGCAACGCACGAUGGCAGUGAUGGGGUGCCCGCUGCUGCGUUGGAAGCGUCCAGCGGAACUUCCCGCCUACGGACGAACGCGAACGACCACCACGAGACAGAGCGUGUCCGAUGCCAAUCGUGGCUACCGCAGCAAGACGACUUGGGCAGCUUGAGUGCAUCUGCAGCACGGAUACCUGAAAGCACGACGGCCUUAGAGGCCGCGGGCAAGAUGAUGAAGCCGACGAAGGCUUCAUGGGAUGCUGCAGCAGGGGGCAGGUUUGGAGGAGCCCGAAGACCAAGCGCCCCUGCGCAGAACAACCUAAUAGAAAGAGGAGCAGGGCCUGCGUCUGCAGGGCUCCGAGCUGAGGGUCGCAGGGAUCCUAGUCCUAGUGGGCCGAGGGCGAUGACUGACCGCCGGUGGUCGAAUGAUGAAGAGGCUGGGCUUCAAACUCAUCCUGCACAGCCUACAUCUGUGACGCCGCCCGCCACAGUCUCUCAGCAGGAGGUACUCCUCAUGCAGAUGGGAAGUGCUUCACGGCAGCUGCCUGUGGCAAGUGCUACUGCCUUGCAGGCUGUGCCCGGCAACAAGCCUGCCGAAGUGGUGCCUCGACAGCAUGGCACCGGUCCGGAACCGUCCGUGGAAUUAGAAGAGAAUUCGAGAAGUUUGCCGCACCGUCGAGCCUCCAAGCUGAAGGCGAAGCGUGGAGAUGUCGCUGAGAUGUUUGGAAACGGCCAUGCAGACCAGCUGGACCGAUUUUUAGAGGCGAUAGCUCAGGCGGACAGUCGGUUUGCCAACAAGGACAUCACGGUGUUGCAGUCUCGUCUUUGGGUGACGGACUGCAGGCUGCAGCAGCCAGCCAUGCCGCAGCUACUUGCUCGAGAUGUGCUGUACCAGCUUGCAUUGAUCCUGCAGCAGCGCGAUGCAUUCGAUCUGCGCUUGCAAGCGGUCGAGAAGUUCGACCAAGCUCACGGAAGGCUGCCGAGGCAGCGAGGCAAGCAGCUUGAGGAGAGAACUCUGGGACACUGGCUGCACAAUGUUGGCUGCAGGCAGAAGCAGCAGAAGCUCCCAGCCGAAAGGAUGCAGAUGCUGGUGAACUCGUCAUGUAGCAGGCUGAGAGCCCGAGCUGCAACGUGGCUGGAGCCAGAUGCGCAUUUCAAGCCAUGGUUGGAGGAGUUGCGGCAGUUCGUUCAUCUGCAUCACCGCAUGCCCGACUACAGCAAGGCACGUCCAAGAGCCGAGCAGCGAUUGAUCAGAAGCGUGCGGAAACUUGUGGAUCCUACCCGCAGGAACAUCGCGAGCCGCCUGCAGCUGUUGGAGAAAGCCGGCCCAAUCGUUGCGGAUUGGGUGAAGUCCAGGCGAACAAGGAAGGUCCGAGUCAACGAGGUGCGGUGGAAUCGCCAGUGCGACAGGCUCGUGAGAUUCGUGGAGGUGAAUGCAAAGCUGCCACAACAAAGGUUCGAACGAGGUCUCUAUAAUUGGUUAUGCCUACAGCGGGGACAGCUGAAUCGCCUCCCGGACCCACUCCAGGCAAAGUUGCUUGACGGUCAUCCAUUAAUCGCAGCUUUCCUGCAGAGCUGA